CGGUGAACCAAGUUUGAGAGCUCAAGUCUCAAGAGUGGGAGCCCUGCUGCCUGCGCAGCAGCGUUCCUUUCAUCCAAGUAGGUAUGGCUGGCUAGCCAGGCAAGAGCAGCUGUUGAACGAAGGCAACAGUCCCUGAAUAUUUUCCAGGAUGCUGUUCUGUCAAGACCUUUUAAAGUUGAUUGAGAUUGCAUUUCCACGGCAUUAGGGUUUCUUUCCUAAUUUUGUGAGAAUGAAGAGCAAGAAGCAGCAGCGGAAUGAGGCAAAGGGCAAGCAGUCCCAGAGGGCUUAUGUACAGCCACCUACCGAUGCUAGCCUAGAUGGUCCGCUGCUGUCACCUGAGCUGGCGGCAGAGUUGGGCAGUGCAAGUGGUGAUGGCAGCAACGCGCUCGUGCUGGCUGGGUCCAAGAAGCGCAGGCGUGAGGAUGGGCCCCAGAAAGAGUCAGCCGCGGUGCUGAGCAAGAACCAGAAAAGGAAACUUCGCCGCCUGCAGGAGGAGAAGGAUGCGCGCGAGAAGCGAGCGGCCGUCCUGGCCUCUCUGGAGCAGCACCGUCUCUCCGAGGAGCAGCAGCGCUUGCUGCGCCCCAGUGGCGCCCUUGGGCAGGCAGAGACGCUCAAGCAGAAACUACACCGGGCCAUGCAGUUCCAGAAGGUGGGGCUGGAGGCGCCCGCUGACUCCCGGCUCUUCCGGGAACGGCAGACCGGGGGGAACAGCGAAGAGGAAGAAGAAGGGGGAGGAAAUGGGAAUGGCUUUGGUGUGAUCGCUCCCAAGAAUGUCAAUCUAGUUAGGGAAGUGAAGGGGUUUGGGGUGGUAGUAAAUGAUGACCCGAAGGUGGUUGACGGAAGAAGCGGAGAUAGGGAUGACGAUGUCAGCGAGGAGCCGGAGAAGGUGCGCCGGAGCAGAGGGAAGGUGAAGUCGAAGCUGAGGAUCAGCGGCGAUGAUGUUACAGAAGAAGACCUAGAGGUCAGAAGGAGCAGCGGCGCUUUGGCGGGGCCGCUGAGUUCACCUGUGGGAGGGGUUAAUCUUUCGGCGCCAUCUCAAAAGGCUGGGCUUGUUGGGGAGGGCUUAGAGAGGGCCGACGGAAAGCAGCAGAAAGGAACGAAGGAGGAAGGGGUCCGGGAACCACCAGUGGCCAAAGGACAGCGGCAGAAUGGGAACGAGACGUUAGUUGGCCAGAAACGAGGUGCUGAGGGUAUGCUUGCAGCAGAAGCUGCAUCCGGGAGUCAAACGGUGGGCGAAGACUCUGCCAACGAGACUGGAAGGAAGAAAAGCAAGAAGCAGAGGAGGAAAAGUGCGAAGGACGCUCCAGCCGCCGCUGCAGUACCGUCCGAGACCCCAACGUCGGGGGUCUCCCCAGUCCCCGCACACGGCGUCCAACCCGAAACCGUUGCUAGCAACGGAACGGGCGCCCCGCCCAAUGGUGCAGACAUCUCGAAAAGGAGCGAAAACAAGAAAAAGCGCAGGAAGAUGGCGGAGAAAGAGGGAGCUGUUGAGGUGGAUCAAGAGGAAGGAGUUGAGGGGGAAAGGCAGGAAGUAAAGAAAGACGAAAAUGGCGAUGAGCGGGCAGUCAGGCGGACGCCCUUUGUUCGAACGUUGCAGCGGGAUCCGGACAUCGCGGAGGCGCGGCUGGGGCUGCCCAUUUUGGGCAUGGAGCAGGAGAUUAUGGAGGCGGUGGCGGAGCAUGAUCUAGUUGUCAUCUGCGGAGAGACCGGGUGCGGAAAGACCACACAGGUGCCGCAGUUCCUCUUCGAAGCGGGCUACGGUUGCAAGGACUGCCCCGGACGAGCGGGAGCCGUGGGCGUGACGCAGCCACGGCGCGUGGCCGCGUUGGCAACCGCGAGGCGAGUGGCGCAGGAACUAGGCGUGCGGCUUGGGGGGGAGGUGGGCUUCCAGGUGCGGUACGACCGGCGAGUAUGCGGCGAUGGCGCGAUCAAGUUCAUGACGGACGGUAUUCUGUUGCGGGAGGUGCAGUCGGACUUUUUGCUGCGGCAGUACUCGUGCAUUAUCAUCGACGAGGCCCACGAGCGGAGCCUGAACACGGAUGUCCUCAUUGGGCUGCUCUCCAGGAUUGUGCCUCUGCGCAGGCAACUGUCGUCGGAACGGGCCGACGUACACCCCCUGAAGCUGAUUGUCAUGAGUGCCACGCUGCGCAUCGAGGACUUUGUGGGCAACGCGCGGCUGUGCCCCGCCCCGCCGCCCGUUGUCAAGGUCGCCGCGCGCCAGUUCCCGGUGACGGUGCACUUCAGCAAGCGGACGGAGCUGGUGGACUACGUCGGGGCGGCAGAGCAAAAGGUACGUGCUAUCCAUAAGCAGCUUCCUCCCGGGGGAGUGCUCGUCUUCCUCACCGGACAGCGCGAGGUGGAGGACCUGUGCCGGCGACUGCGGCGGGCCUUCCCUGUCCGGCGUACGAAGCCCUCAAACCUCACGGAACCCGCGAAGAAGAGCUCAAACCGGGGAGGUAAGGCGGCGGAAGCAAAGAGCGGGGGAAAAGAGGGAGAGAGCAGUCCGCUGGAUGAUGACGUCAUCGGGGCCGCUGCUGACGGGGAUGACGUGGAAGGUGGGUUAGGGUUUGGGCGUGACGAGAUGGACGGGGACGGUGACGGUGUGAAUGGGGCCGCGGAGGGCGAGGACGCGGACGGGGAGCCUGCUUCCGGGGCCGAUGUACACCCACCGAAGACAGGCAAUGCCAAAACUGAAGAUCACGAAGAGCAGGAAGAAAAUGGAGGGAAGGCUCAGACUGGAAAAGAUGGAAGCGAAGAUUCAGAGUUGGAAGGCGAAGACGACCGCCCGGGUCCGCUCCACGUGCUGCCGCUCUACGCGAUGCUCCCGGCCGCGGCCCAGCUGCGCGUUUUCGUUGACCCGCCGGAGGGCCACCGCCUGGUGGUGGUCGCCACGAACGUGGCCGAGACGAGUCUCACUAUUCCGGGGAUUCGGUACGUCGUGGACUGCGGACGAGCGAAAGAACGGACGUUCGAACGCGGCAGCGGACUGUCCAAAUUCGAAGUGAAGUGGAUAAGCAAAGCGUCGGCGGACCAGCGCGCGGGGAGGGCGGGGAGAGUCGGCCCGGGGCACUGCUACCGGUUGUAUUCGUCGGCGGUGUUUACGGACCAGUUCCCGCAGCACGCGCCGCCCGAGAUCGAGAGCGCGCCGAUCGAGGGAGUCGUGCUGCAGAUGAAGGCCAUGGGCAUCGAGAAGGUCGUGAACUUUCCCUUCCCCACGCCCCCUGACCGCUCCGCCCUAUCCACUGCCGAACGCACCCUCGUUUCCUUAGCCGCACUUUACCCAACUUCGACCACGAUCACUACCCUUGGCAAAGCCAUGUCCUCGUAUCCAAUCAGCCCCCGCCACGCGCGCAUGCUUUUGGCCGCGCUUGGAAUGGGCGAAAACCCCAAAACCCCGAAGAAAGGGCUGCGGCUGUUGGCGCACGCGGUCGCGGCCGCGGCCGCUCUGAGCUCCGAAAGCCCGUUCUUACGCGAAGGGUUUGAGGGUUUAGACGCUAAAAGUGGCGAGAGAGGAGGGCCAGAAGAGGCGAAUGAAAAGGAGGCAAAAAAAAUUUCUGGCGUGGAUGACUGGGGCGAGGAAGGGGACGAAAUCCGAGCGGAGAAGGCGAGCAAGAAAGCGGAAGACGAGGAGAAGGAGCGGCGGCGGAAGCGACGGGCGGCCGCGCGUGCGGCCCAUGCGAAGUUCACAGUUCCCGGAAGCGAGGCCCUGUCAGCCGCGGCCGCUCUGGUUGCGUAUGAGGAGUUCGUGCAGGCGGCCGGGGAGAGAGUGGGCCAAAUAGGGCCCUCGGCGGGGGAGCAGUUUUGUUUCGAAAACCACUUGCAUGCGCGGACGAUGAAAGAGAUGGCGCAGCUACGGGAGCAGCUGACGCGGCUCGUGGGCGCGAACCUCGCACGGGAGGAAGUAGAAUCCGUUCCCGGCGUCGGCCCCGAUACCGCGGAGAAGAGCCCGGUUCUAACCCGACAGGCGCGCGAGAAGCGGAGCGUCGAACGGUUGGAAACGGCCCUCCGGGAGCCGCUCGGAAAGGGCGACGAGGCGAAGCUGCGCCGCGCGAUUUGCGCCGGAUGGGCGGAUCGGGUCGCUCGGAAACUGCGUCCGGGGGAGAGCGUACCGGGCGAACUAGAGGCGGAGAAGUCGCGGCGCGCAGUGCGGUACCAGGCGUGCUCGGCGCCCGGGGUGGUGUUCCUGCACCCCGGAACGUCUGCGGCCCGGGACGCGCCGGACUUCGUGUGCUAUGCAGACUUGGUGCAGACCGAGAAGCGGACGUACAUGCAGGGCGUGACCGCAGUGGACGUCCGGUGGCUCCCCGUCGAGGCGUCCGCGCUCUGCCAGCUGUCCAAACCGCUCGCAGACCCGCCGCCCUGGUACGAAUCGGCCACGGACCGCAUCAUGUGCUGGAUGCAGCCCACUUUCGGCCCGCAGCAGUGGAGCCUUCCGCUCCACGCCACCGAGCUAAAACCGGGGAAGGCCAAAACCGCGGCGUUCGCGGUCGCGCUCCUACAGGGCCGGGUUCUGCAGGGUUUGUUGGCACUGGCGGAGAGUCUGACGGGGCCCCCGACCGACAUUCUAAAGCCUGACGCGGCGGGGCAGAAACGCGUGGGCGAGAUUUUGGCUCGGCUUGGGGGGGUGGACUCGAGGGAGGCGUUGCGGCGGUGGUGGGAGGGGGAACAGAGGUUUUUGUUCGAGGAGCUGUCGCUGUGGGUGCGCCCGGAGAAGAGGGCGGUACUGGCGGAGAUUUGGGAGGGGCUGCUGAGAGAGGCCGGUCUGGACCUGUGACUAGCGGUGUCUAGGAGUGAAAGCUAGCUCAAACAUGUUCAGCAGUUAAAGUACCAAAAAUUUGAGCGGCGUAGGAUCAGGUCUAGCCUUAAGCUAAUUCGGGCCUAUAACUUGGCCGGUCUGCAGGUUUUGCAACGAUUGGAUGAGUCGAGCACCACAUUCGUCAAUCAGCUGUCGUACAGGUAAGUAUGAAAUAUAUGAAUCGCGCUUUGACCGAUGAUUCUGG